AUGGCUCAUGGCGAGGGCCCUGAACCCACCGCUUACACCAGCACCACCCUUCAACUGAUUAAAAGUCCACUAGCCGAGAGAAAGAAUAUCGAAGAGACAACGCUUGGCAAUGCUGGAGAUUCUCAGUUCAUUGCCGAUACGGAUGUGGAUGACGGUUUGGAGUUUGCCAAGCUAUUCUAUGACCUUUGGUUUGUCGCAAACCUAAACGUUUUCUCAACGGUCCACGAAAUCAACGAUGCUUCUACUCUUGGAUCGUUUGUGGGAUAUAUCUUGCUUCUCUGGGCAACCUGGCUCUUAACGACCCUAUACGACGUCCGCUAUGUCACAGACAGUGUCUGGGAUCGAGUUUGUCGUGCCGUGCACUUGGCCGUCAUGGUCGGCUUCGCAGAACUUGGCCCGACGUUUGACUUCUUCAAGGAAGCAAAAUCCGUCUUUCGGGCCAUGUGUUUGUUUCUUAUGGUCUCUAGGCUCAUGCUCGCGCUUCAGUACUUCAUGAUUUUCUUCCAGAUUCGCAAACACAGGGAGAGCAGAAAGCCGCUUCUGAUUGCAGGAGGAUUUCAUCUGCUGUUUGCCAUAAUAUAUCUGAUUGUAUCUUUCUUAUCUGUCGAUGAAGCAAGCUCAGUCGUUGCCGUCAGCUGGUAUAUCGGGGCAAUAACCGAGGUCGUCAUCCACCUCGGCCUCUCCAGUAUCAAGGCACUUAGCUUGUCUAAAACUCAUCUCAGCGAGCGCAUGAACCUACUCACUUUAAUCAUCCUUGGCGAAGGGGCCAUCAUCAUAGCCAGGAACAUACAGACAGUUGUGAAGAACACCUUCUUGAAGAAUAGUGGCAACAUGUGGUCCGCCGCUCUCAUUGGAGUCGUCACAUGUGCAGUUGCCUUGAUUUACUUCGUCUACCAGAUGUACUUCGACUGGAUGCAUUCCGGCAAACUGGCUCAUACGCGACAAAUGCUAUGGGUUUCCUGGCAUCUUCCAUUCCAUAUCGCACUGGUUCUCCUACUGGAGGGCGCAAAUCAGUUCAUCGCUUGGUCUCAGGCGCUUCAGUCGAUCAAGUCGGCCGCCCAAAGCAUUGUCGACAUUACGCAUGAGCUACCUAGUAACCCAACCACCAAAGAAGUAGUCCGGGCACUGAACGAAACGGUCACGGAGCUCUUGGAGGCUUACCCUCCGGAAGAGGAGGUUGCCGCUUGGGACGAUGUCGAAAGAACGUAUGAGAGCCUGCUUAGCCUUCCCAAGUCCUUCUGGGCUGAGAGCGGCCGACUGGGCAAUAACGACCCAGAGAUGGUUCGUUGGCUGAAUGGCACAAGGGAUCUCGCCCAAACUGUCUUCAACGGCAUAUUCGCGUCGUUCAGCCUCGCUGCACCUGCCGAUGAGCCCGAAUCUACAGACGUACAGUCUGCCGCGGAGGCCGCAUAUCUCGCCACUGCGCAUAAGUUUGGAACUGUCUUCAUCUACGCCUUCAUCACUGCCGGCCUGGUCUUGAUCUUGAUGACCGCUCUACACGUUGUGUGUAAGCAACGCGGGUGGUCGGUCUUCAACAUACUUCGAGCCAUGUUCACCGUCGGCAUGGGCUUUGGGCUUGCAUUGAUCAGCUUGCUCACGUACAACCAAGGUGCUCUCUCCAACUUCCUACCAACGCCGUGGCCCCUACCGACGAUUGCGAUCUGUUAUUUUGUUAUUCUGGUUAUCAGCCACAUACCCGAGCCGAAACAGCUAUUUCCAAGAAGGAAAGCAAAACGUUAUAGCACUCUGGACAAAUCGAACGAUGUCGAGCUAAGAGCUAUGAGGGAACACUAG